AAUUGCCGGCAAUUGCCAUAUUUGCCAGGUCAAAUGGCAGAAGUAUUGCCAUGUGCCAACAACGUGUAACACGUUGUUCUCGAACUCCCACUAGCAGUUGUGAGUACUUCGACUAUUGCAUGGACGUCAUUUGACAAUAUUUUUCGUUUACAGUAUAGCUCUCACCAACUUAUCAGAAAGAAGAUGCCAUCGCGAUGAGCUGCGUUCCUCAGGAAAUCCUAGAUCUUAUCAUCGACUGCCUUCAUGACGAUACCGCUGCUUUAAAGAGUUGCAGCUUAGCUCACCGGUCAUUCCUAUUCUCCACCAGAAUCUAUUUGUUUCGCGAAUUCACAGCGUAUAGCGCUAAGAAUGCCUCAUCUGCGGCCAAACUCCAUACCGACGCCCGCACCCUCGCUAACUUCGCACAAUUCCUUGUUGAAAGUCGUAAUAUUUGCGAUUACAUUCAAUCCCUCACUGUCUACGGAAGGACCCAAGAUGCACCCACGCCGUUCUUUGUUAGGACGCAUGCUUUAGUGUCUAUAUUGGCACGUCUCCCUCGGCUUCGAGAGCUUUGUUUGCACAGCGUCUGUCUACUGGCCGCCAACUUCGAGGAAGAGUUGAAAGUUAUACGAUCUCACCAACAUGCGUUUUCAAUUAGGGGUAUCAAGCUAUCUCAAUCUGCGUUUCGCUCUGGGCCUGAAGACAAGUCACUCUACGGUUCCCCUUUCAGUGACUUACUAAGCACAUUUUCGCGCGUUGAUACUCUCUCUCUGGAUAUUCAUGGCGCUAUAUCCAGCCUAUUUCACUCCAAUCUCACGGACGAGCUUGGACAAUUGCCGUCGAGAACGAGUGUCACCGCUAUUGUCGCGACGGCCUUUCCGCUGGCCGUUAGAGGCGAGGUGAACCCGUACCUUUCUCAGACGAUUGACCUCUCCGGAGUCCGAACUUUACAUACCAAACUCGUGCACCCCGUCUAUAACUACAACAUCAAGGAAACUUCUAUUUUCCUUCAAUAUCCUUCGCUCUCUCUCGCAGAGCUUCACUUGGAUAUGACCAAAUUUCAUUUUGUAGAUACUUUCUACCAAGAGAUGUUACUGUCACACUUGACGCCGCCGACUAUCCCUUGUACCUCCCUCGAAUCCUUAACCUUAUCGGCGGAAAUAUCCCGUAUUAGUCAACCCCUCGCCUGGGAAGUACUCACAACGUUCCUCUCCCGAUUCCUUCAAUCCCCUCUCACAUCCCUUACAUAUCUUAACCUCCGAAUCCACAUCGCUGUGUCAACCGCUCCAGGAAUCUCACUCUUGCUCGCAAAGGAUCUCCAAAUGGAUCCACUUCGACAGGCUCUGGAGUUUAGUAAGAGACUUCGAAAGCUCGACAUUGUGUUUGUGGAGGAAGAGGUUUCGUCAGCUGGGAUCGUACCUGAUACCUGGAAGGAGUGGAUCAAGAAGAUCGAGACCCACUUCCAGGAGGGACUAGCCGAGUUGUGCGAUCGCGGUCUGGUGACUGUCCGCGUUGCAUAGCAGUCCUGCUGCGAACCGAAUGCGAAACAUGUUCUAAUUAUAUACGUGCUCGAAUGCGCACUUUCAUUAACUCAUUGGCGUGCCAGGCAUUAUUAACCUGUGCAUGGACGAGGAUAUGACCUCGACCAAAAGAACAGCACGCUUAGGCUUCGACCCUAAGGAUAAUUCCUCGACUACCACCCCAUGUUUCGCACAAUACUCCACGAUUUAUCCCGAAUCCUCAGAGCUGCAGACGAAGUUAGCUGGUUGAACAAUUACGGCAAAGUAGAGACAGAUCGAAGAGGCGAAUAACUAAUGACAAGCCCUGUUUUCAACACUAAAGUUGUAUAUUCGAGUGAUUCGCGCAACUUACCUCUCCGUACCAAGUAAGUACUGGGGCAUCUAGGAAUGCUGGAA